AUGAUCGCCGAUAGAUUUCCGGAAGAACGUGAGCGAUCAAAGGCGAUGGGCAUCGCAUUAGCGUUCAUAUCAUUUGGAUGUCUCGUUGCACCCCCGUUCGGAGGGGCAACGUAUGAGUUUGCUGGAAAGCCGGUUCCGUUUCUGCUGUUGUCUCUGGUAUGCCUUGUGGACGGGUUUUUGGUAUUUGCUGUCAUAAAGCCAAAAGCAAAACGGACAGAGAUGGGGGAAAGGGUUAAAGGCACUUCCAUCAUUCGUCUUUUGAUGGAUCCUUACAUAGCGGUGUGCGCCGGAUCGUUGGUAAUGGCCAACGUGUCGCUAGCGUUCCUUGAACCGACCAUCUCCAAAUGGAUGGAAGACACAAUGCCGACCGUUACCGAGUGGCAGAUCGGCUUUAUCUGGCUGCCGCCGUUCAUUCCCCAUGUAUUGGGAGUAUACGCUACGGUCAAGCUCAUGCAGAAGUACCCGCAGUACCCGUGGCUUUUGGCGGCCAUCGGCCUGGCGCUCGAAGGAGCCAGCUGUUUCAUCGUACCGUUUGCUCGGAGCUACGGCGUCCUCAUCAUUCCUUUGAGCAUUCUGUGCUUUGGAAUCGCCCUCGUCGACACGUCGAUUCUCCCUCUUCUUGGUUACCUAGUCGACACGAGGCACGUCUCUGUGUAUGGGAGCGUCUACGCCAUUGCGGACAUUUGUUACUCUCUCGCAUAUGCGUUUGGCCCGAUUGUUGCAGGCGGUGUAGUGGCAAAACUGGGCUUUUUCAGCCUCAACCUUGGUAUUUGCCUCAGCAACAUUUUGUAUGCACCAAUGUUGUUCAUCAUUCGAAAGGUUUACGCAUACAAACCAUUCACCGAAGAAUCUGAUGAUUUUUACAGUGGUGACGGUGGUUACAAUAUGACUUAUGGCGCGCUAGAGAAUGAAUCUCUCGGCUUUCCCGACACUUUCGAUUAUGGCUAUAAUCAGCCGGGCGAAACGUUUGCCUAUGGUACCCCAGAAUUGACCGAUGAUCUAAUCAGUCGAGGUUACCAACCUCAAAAUUCUGUAUCAGGGGCCACUUCAAACCCUUUUCUAGAACAUGAUCCUUCAAAUCAACCAAUCCACAGAAACCUGAACAGCGAUAAAGAGGGCAGCAUCAAAAAUCACGCUUUUUAG